CUUCCUAUAUAUUCAACCCUUUACAUUAACUUACCUCAGUUCCCGCCACACCAACUAAAGGGAACCUACCUAGCACCACUCAAACAGAAAUAUCAUAAAGAACAUAGGAUGUCGUAUUCUCGUGUAUACACCCCCAAGGGAGCAGGAGGAGGAUCAAAGAAGAUUAAGAAUGGAUUGAGGCUUGAGCAGUCUUGUAUACAAUUCAAAGGAAACACAGAGGCCAAACAAACUUUUGCUCAGGAUUAUCUGCCUGAGCAUGCUGAAAUAGGAGCUUGGUCAGAUCAGACACAGUAUUCGAUCAACAAGAAUAAGCGCUGGGAGCUUCAGGAUAAGAUUGACAAGAUAUUUAAUGAAGAUAUUAACAACCUAAAGAAUGAGAAAUUCAACCUUUUUGCUCUGGUAGACCAUAACCCUCACUUUGACUCCACCAAGAUGUAUUACUCAAACAAAGACGAGAUUCCAAUUGUAAAAGGGAAAUCGAAUAAGUCUCGAGCUCCAGAUCACCAGUUUAAUUCAGAACUAGAUGUUAAACUAGUCAUUGAAGAAAAGAAAAUCUGGAAUGUUUCUAGAACACCUAAAAAACAGAAGAAAGCCCAGAUCAGCAUUGAGGUGGAAGAGGGUCUGGAUGACGACUAUGAUGAUGAGGACCAUGACACCCUCCAGGAGGAUGAAAUCAAGUGUAACAGACAAGAAUGUCAUACUUUGGAAGAUUUCAUUGCUAAAACAUGUGAGAGAAAGAAUAGUCCAGAGUUGAGAUGUGAACCGGUGAAGAAAUCAUACAGAGGAAAAAUCGUCUUUGAUCCUUUAGCAAACAAAAAUCAAAACAACAGUGACUCAGAAGAUGAAGAAUUUGAAGAAAUCAGCCGAUAUGAUCCAGAAGGGGAUACCAUCAUUGUAUUUCUAACAGAACUAGGACUAGCAACAAUCCCUGAUCAUUGGAUAAAUGUAUCAGAAGCCCGAAGCACAAGACUAUCAAUUUACAAUCCAAACACUGGUAUUCUAAUCAUAACAUUUACUGUGUCUGAAGACAGUACUGAGUGUAGAAUGAAAAUCUUAAGUUUGCAAACAGAACUUGAAAACAUUUUAGAUGUGUUUGCAGAGUGUACAACCAUUAAGGAGAUUUGUUUUUUAGCGGAUCAAAUCUUUGCUGGAUCAUCAAAGAAGAAUAAUGUUGAUUUUGGAAAGUAUUCGGUUGUAUCAACAGACCAAGCAUUUCUUGAACUAUUCAACAAAGAAUCAAGUUCUUCUGAAGUGAGUGAAGGUGAUUGCUCCGCAAGUGAUAAACAUACAGCAGCCAGUUGUAUGAUUUGCUUCAGCGAAGAAGAUCUCUGCUACAGCGGGUCUUGUGGAGAUGGAUAUUGCAGCAGUUGCUGGUCUUUGUAUCUUGGUGUCCAGGUCAAAUCAAAGACAAGACUAAUUCUAUGCCCUGCAUAUGGAUGCACCAUUCCUGUCCCAAUUUCUAUUCUUGGAUGGUUUCUCCCCACCACAUGUCUUCUAGACUAUAUUAGUAGAGUUCUUUCCGUUCUGGUUGAAACCAAUAUUAGCAUUUAUGAUUGCCCCAAUUGUAAACACAUUGUAAAACUAAAGGAAUUCAAGCUCGUCAAUGAAGUCAAAUGUGUUUGUGGCGUAGAAUGGUGUCUUUCUUGCAAAGGCCAAUGUCAUUUUCCCUCCAGCUGUCAAGAAAGCCACGAUUUUAUCAACUUCAAGAACAAACUGGAUGAACAUGCGUCACUUGAGACAGAGGUGGAGGUACGUAAAUGUCCAUCAUGUCACACAUUGUGGGAGAAAAUGUGGGGCUGCAACUAUUUGCACUGCACUGUUUGCAACACUGGGUUUUGUUGGGGCUGUGGUAAAAAGCAUGAUGACCAUACUGGUAUCUGUGGAAAGAUAAAUCAACCAUUGGAAAAGAUUGAAAUCUUACCAUUUCCAACCGAAAAUUUUUCAAGACAAAGAAUUGAAAACUUCCAUCUGCAUUUAUCCCUUAAAAGGCAAAAGCUGAGCUCUAAAAAGUAUAGAAUAGAGACAAUGGCACAUAGGUUCUUGGCUGCGGACAGAACCUGGUAUUUCGACAACAUGGAGAAGCACCGACAAGAGAUUUUGGAAAAAACGGAUCGGGGCCUUUUGAUCAUGGACAUCUUAACCAGAGCUGUUAACAUUUGCACAGAGGGUCGUCAAUUCUUGCUAAACUCAGCACUGCGCCGGGAAAACGCUACUGCCUCUGGAAGGAUUAGGAUAAGCCAGAAGUACAUGAAUCUUAUUGAGAUAGAUGAGGCACUUACCAAUCCCACUCUCGGGAAACGCUGGAAAGAGCAGAUUAAACGCCUUGCAACUUUGAUUCAUGUUCUAGAAAGAUCAAUGAAAUUAUCAAAAUAAAAAUAAUGUGAUACUUAAAAUUUUCAAUAUUAAUAUUGUUUGGAAUACAUAAUUUGAAUUCA